AUGGCUCCUAAGAAAAGUUUGGCGUGGGAUCAUUUUGUGGACAAAAGAGAAAAUAAAGCCGAAUGCAAGAUGUGUAAAGUAAUAAUAUCGUACAAAUCUGGAGUGUCAAACCUUACUAAACAUGUACAGAGAAAACAUAUUUCUGUUAAUUUAGUGAGAAGGGAGCAAGAAGUGGAGCGUCAAGAGUUGCCGGCGCAGGCUGCAAGAAGUACACAAUUUUUGACAUCCAAUACUCCACUGCAAACUGACGCUCAUUCUAGUACCAUAAGGUCCAAUACAGCUACUAUGCCCACUAUCUCAGCAUUCCUUCGACGUGAUUGUCAAAAAAUAAAAAAGCAAAUUGAUGACCAUUUCAUGAAUUUGUUUAUAUGGGACUUGCAGCCAUUUUCUAUAGUUGAAGACAAGGGGUUUCGCGAAUUAAUAAAGUUUGCUUUUCCAAAUUAUGUGAUACCAUCGCGAAAAUAUUUCGCCAAUAAUUUAUUGCCGGGGCUGUAUGAAGAGGUUAAAACUAAUACUAAAGCAGCUCUAAGUGAAGAUGCAAAAAGUAUAUGUGUAACGACUGACAUGUGGACGUCCCGAAAUAAUGACUCGUAUUUAGCGGUUACGGGUCAUUAUAUUGAUAAAAAUUUUAGUUUGCAAUCCGUGCUGCUUGAAUGUAAAGUGUUAGAGAGUCGUCACACAGGGCUAAAUUUAGCCGGAGAGUUAAGAAAUGUCGCUCAAGAGUGGAAUAUUCUUGACAAAGUUCUCCUGGCGGUAUCAGAUAACGGUGCCAACAUCAAAAGUGCUAUAGCUCAAUUAGAGUGGAAACAUUUUGGUUGUUAUGCACAUACGCUUAACCUGGCAGUCCAAAAAGUAUUAGCAUGGAAUAAAUUGAAAAAAUACCAAGAACAGGCUAAUAAAGUCGUAAAGAGACCAAUCCAAGAUGUUGUUACAAGGUGGAACUCCACAUUCUACAUGUUAAACAGGUUUGUGGAACUAAAAGACAAAAUUAAAUGUGCACUCAGUAAUCUAGACACCGGUAAUUUAGUUAUGUUGACCAAUUAUGAAUGGGAUGUAUGCCCAUCGUUGAUCAUCGUGUUACAACCGUGUGAAGAAGUGACGAGAGAAAUGAGCGGCCAAAGAUAUGUAAGUGGAAGUGCAGUCAUUCCGUUAACAAAUGGUCUCAUAAGCGCUCUCAACGAAAUCGCAAGUCUAACAUAUCGGCAAGAAAAUAACAUUGACGUUUUCCCUGAUGAAAUUGAAAUGUGCCGACAGGAUCUCCUCUCUGAAAUAAGCACGCGAUUUUCAUAUUUGGAACAGAGUCGAACUUAUGCUGUCGCUAUGUUUUUAGACCCGAGGUAUAAGUUAUACUUUCAGAGUGAAAACGUUGCGGAAAAUACGAAAAAGCAUAUCAUUGGCCUAGUAACCACAAUGAUUAAUGAAACUGAAAGAUGUCAGUCUUCAAUAUCAACUUCUGAUGAUCCAGAUAACAAGGAAAAAAAAUCAAACAGUUUAUUAUGGAAGCACUACAACAGGCUUAUGCAAAAUGUACGACCAGCUGGAACCGCCAGUAGCAGGGCAAUCGUCGAAACCCAAAAAUAUUUAGAUGACGCUGUUUUAACCCCAGAUAUGGAUCCUUUGGAGUGGUGGCGAAUAAACCAAACAAUAUAUCCGAAUUUAGCGAAACUGGCCAAAAUAAAAUUAAACGCAAUGGCCUCUAGCGUGCCUUGUGAACGGUUGUUUUCUGUAGCAGGGAACAUAUUAACGGAGAGGAGGACCCGUCUGGGGAGUCGUAAAGUAGAACAGUUACUAUUUCUACAACAAAAUAAAAAA